UAAUGUGGCAACGCUGAUGUCACUACCGCGUUUGACGUUUCGGUUGAAGUUUAUUUCUUUCUAUUUUUAUGUACAAAAUAUAAAAUAAACGUUAACUCCUCCAAGUUUAACUUUAACUUGCUUUUAUAAUUUAUAUUUAUGUACCAACAAGCUCAAAAGUGGAUAAUUGUUUUUACUCGUUCUUUUUCGAAAUCGUAUUCAACUAAAAUGUCUCUCAACGAAGCUAAGAAAAUAGCAGCCUUCAAAGCAGUGGAUGAAUGGGUGAAUUCCAACACCGCCAUCGGAAUAGGAAGUGGAAGCACGGUAGUUUUCGCUGUUGAGCGACUAUCUCAAAGGGUAAAAAACGAAGGUCUCCACGUGGUUUGUAUUCCAACAAGUUUCCAGGCACGUCAACUAAUUGUUGAGAAUGGAUUAGUCCUGGGCGAUUUAGAUAGAAAUCCACAUUUGGAUUGUGCUAUUGAUGGAGCCGACGAAGUUGAUUCAGAUAUGGUACUCAUUAAAGGCGGUGGUGGUUGUAUGCUGCAAGAGAAGGUUGUUGCAUCUUGUGCUGAUAAACUGAUAAUAAUCGCUGAUUAUACAAAAAAUUCCACAAAACUAGGUGAACAGUACAGAAAAGGAAUUCCAAUUGAAGUUAUUCCAAUGGCAUAUGUCCCUAUUAAAAAUCGAAUUGAAUCAAGUUUUGGUGGUUGCUUAAAUUUGCGAAUGGCAGUGGCUAAAGCCGGCCCUUGUGUCACUGACAAUGCUAACUUCGUUUUAGACUGGCAGUUUGAUGAUGACACUAAGUACGAUUGGGAUUCGGUAAACCGGGAACUUCUCCAAAUUCCAGGAGUUGUUGAGACAGGACUUUUUGUAAAGAUGGCUAAGAAAGCAUAUUUCGGAAUGAAAGACGGAAGUGUAAAAGAACAGGAAGCAUCCUGAAAUAAAUUUUUGUAAACUGUGGUCUCGGGAGUUACUUUUUAUCAACGCUUUACUUUUGUUUUUUAUACAAAUAUAUACCUACAAUUUUUGUUCUUCAAAAAAUUGCAUUUUAUUCUCACAUAGUUUUAACCGCCUCUAUUCGACCCAAAAAACGUCGCAAAGUGGUUUCGGUUAUAUGGGAAGAGCGGUCAAAAUUAAUAAGCACAUAUUUAGUGACAAAUAACACUGAAUAUAUAUAAAUAAAGUUGUUAUUUUUGCUUUUUAAA